AUGACAAUGGCAGGGAUAAGAACAACUAAUCAAAUACAAAAUGAAGCUACUGAGACUGUGGAAAAGAAGCCACCCUCAAACUUGGCAGAGUUUCUAAUGGCCGAAGGACUGGAUGACUGGCCAUUUCCCAUGAGUUUUGAAAAUCCCUUAGACAUCCAGUCUGAUGGUCUUUUAAUGAGCACUCAAGAAGACAUUAUUGCAAUAUUGAAAGAAGCAGUGUCAUUACAAUUUGACAAGUUUGAUGAACUGGAGAAAAGUCUGUCUGACCUGGGAGCUCAACUGAGUAUUUAUGCCAAUGAGAUUUUCAUAGAUGAGAAGAGCUGCCCUGAUUCUGUUGAUCAACAGUUCCAGCCACAAAUUUUUGUGACAGAACUGUCAGAGCCUAAUAAUCCAGAACUUGACACUGAUCCAGCAGCACGCAAACCUGACUUUGCAGAUAUACUACUCCAGACCAAGCAAAGAGGUCUAGAUUUAUUGAAGUUUCCAGGAUUUAAACAGGGAGAGUUCACUGAGCUUCCUGAUAAGCUUGAGACUCGACCAAUCCUACAUCAAGUCUCAAAGACUCAAAGUCUUAAGCCUGGAUUCAGAAAGAUCUGGGAAAUGCUGUUUCUUUCAGAGGCUUCAUCAGCAGUUUUGCAGGAUUCAUUUUGGUGGAUUUUUAUAGAUAAAUUUAACAAGGAGGGGAGUUAUCAAGAGGACAAGAACUCAUUAUUUGACAGAAUCGCAGAGAAUUACUCAGCUCUGUUUGCCAGCAUCAGUCCAGACAUUAAGGACAAGUUUCUCUCUUUUUAUCCAGAUUGCCUUUCACAAGCGUUAUACCUGGCAUAUAGAGAAGCAUUUCCAGAAUCACUGUCCAGAUUUAAUGAUGACUUCAAGCAUUAUUUGGUCAACCUCAUUUAUGAAUGGAUUAUUGGUUUACAUCCCUUACCUGGGAUGUGGAAGAAAUGGAAAGAAGAAGGCCUGAAACUACCUCAGAGGUCAAAAGAUCACGAUGCAGCUAAAAAACUGCUAGAAGCAGCUGCAGUAAAUGUGAAAGCUGAGUUCAGCCUAGAUGUAGGUGCUUGCACUGAGGUAAUUAGGAAACUUGGGAUAUCAGACUGUGACUUAUCUCAAGGGCUGCUCAGUAGAACGAAUACAAAAAGUCCUGGAGGGAAUUUUCAAGUGGCUAAACCUGAGUCACAUCGGCUUGGGCCAAGUGCAGAAUUAGAGAGAGUAAAAUUCAAUAUUUCUGGUCAAAGUCCAUUGAUUGCUCAUUAUCUGCACAUGAAUGAGGUUCCAGCUAACCAACAGACUGGUGUUAAAGUCAGAAGAACAGAAAUAAUGAAGCUUCCAUAUCCUUACAAUUAUUCUGCUACACAAGAUGUUAAUAAUAUUAACACUGGGAUCUUGAUUCCUACAAUUUUGACAUACCUUAACUAUGCUACUCCAGAUGGCACUACAUAUCAAGAAUUCAUUGCCAGCACACUGGAAGAGUCUGAAUCUUUAAGUAAAGAAUAUGCCAGAAUUUGUGAGAAGACAUCCGCAGAGAUUCUUGAAUUACAACAACAGCAGAGAAACUCAAACAAGGAAAUAAACAAACUCAGGAAAGCAUUGACUACAGCAAAAAAUGCCCAAGAAAGAUGUCUUGCCAUAGAAGCAGUUGCAAUGUAUAAG